AUGGCGCCCAACGAUGGAGAUCAGCGGCCGGUGAAGGCCGUGGAGGCUGUGGUGGUGGCUGAAGCGGUGGUGGCGGCGGGCAAUGGUGAUGCCCGCACUCCUCCUGGCACGACGAUCAUCGGGAACGGUCCUGUGGCUGCCAACGGCAAGCAAGUCAAGCGGAAGCAUUUCUUCGAAAAAUUCGGCACCCUGCUCAAGCAGCGCUCGGAUGCGUUUCUGUUGCACGUAAACAAACCCGUUCCGCCGCACGGCGAAGAAUCGGACUCGCCGGGUGGUGGCCGGACCAGCGGAAUGGCCGGCGCGUCUCAGCCAAGUGGAACGGCACCAGCGGCGGCGGCGGGGUCGGCUGGAGUCACUACGUCUUCCAGCCUACAGCGCGGGACCACCGUUGUUGGGGUGGACCAGGAAAACUACAUUGAAGUCCUGUACGAGAAAAUUCUGCACGAGGUGAAGCAGGGUAACAUCGUCGACCGGCAGAAGAAGCUCACCCCGAAGGGCCUCUACUCGUACAUCCAGGAGGUAUUCGGGGUGGACGAAGCAAAGCACGCCGAACUGGAGCAGCGCGUCAACACGAUGCUGGCGCAGGACAUCUAUCUGCGCGUGGAGAUCAUGGAGGCGAAGCUAACGUCCCGACCAGACUCCGCGGAACUGCCACCGAACCCGUUCGUGGUCGUGUACCUGCAGGAGAAACCUCGCGAGACCCACCGGACCGCCACGGUUCCCGGUGCCCUCAACCCAACCUGGAAUCAACAGUUUCCGGUUGCCGUCAAGCAGGACACGAAGGAGACGCUUCUGAUCGAGGUGUACGACAACGCGCCCAGUCGAAAUAAGUUGCACCGAGCGUUGCGGAUCGCCCGCAAGUACGUGUUGUCCCUGUUCAUGCCGGUCGCGUCGCAGUGCAAAAUGAUUGGCCGCGCCAGCAUCUCGCUCGAGUCCAUCACAUCGACCGGGCUGGUGUCCUGGUACAGUUUGGCCAAGAAGAAGAAGCCCGACCCGCAGGGCACGAUCAAGGUGAAGUUUUUCUUCACCUCCAAGCUGGAGAAGGCCACGGCCAAGCGGGAGUACGAGCAGAUGCUGCACCUGAUCCUGGACUACGAGCUGCGCACCUCGAGCGUGGCCCGCUACUGGUGGGCCGGCAAGCUGACCAACGAGGGCGAGUCCAUCCUGGCGCAGUACUGCAAGUGCGCCAACCUAACGGCGAGCGAACAGACGGCGAUCGCUUGGUUCGUGUACAGCCAGAUCCAUCUGACCUACCCGCUGUCGAUAGGGUUGCUCGAGAGUGUGCUCGACAAGCUGUGCACCGGGUACGACAACGUCCUGGCGAGCGACGACGAACGAGGCCGGUUCUGGGACGGUGUCCGACGCAUUCUGCCCUCCUGCCUGUCGAUCGUGAUGAAGAUGCGCAAACGGAUCGCGGGCGAUAAGGACAUCGUGAAGACGAUUACCUCCGUGCUGCAGUUGCUCGCGAAAGCGGACCAGCUGGCCGGCAAGAAGGGUGUCAAUCUGUUCGACGACGCCACCGUUAGAUCUCUCAAACAAAUGGGUGCGCUCGGCUGUACGAAACAUUCCACCAUGAGGGAAGCGACCGUGCUGGCGGUGCAGCACGGUGCCAGGACUUGGUUCGAGUCGUCGCUGGCCACAGCCAUCGAGGGAAGCCAGACGAACGACGAGAAGCUUCGAUCGCUGAUCAAGUUCGUGCAGCUGCUUCAGUCGGACCUGCUACGAGCGAAAACGUACUACGAUGGUGUCUUCAAAGACGUUAUGGCGAUCGAUUACAGCCGGGAAGUGUCCAUUCAGCAUGAAUCGCGCAUCGUGUCGCACCUGCGGCCGAUCGUGCAAACGAUCUGCAACGGGUUCAAGAAGAUCACGCUCAAGAUGGAGCAGCUCGAGCGGCGCGCCGAGAUGGAGAGCCUCGACAUGAGUUCGGCCCUGUUCGAGCUGUACCUCAUCCUGAAGCUGUUCCUCCAGCAGACGGACACCGUCGUCCAGUCGGCCCACAAUCCGUACAUCGUCGAGUUUCACCAAUGGUUCCGUGGCGGUAUCGUGUACUACCUGGACGUGUUUGCCAUUAAGACUAUUUCGCGCGUCGUGACGGUGCUGGAGGAGGACGAUCUAAGGCCCGGCAACGGCGACACGACGCCGGGGGACGGCCUCCGGCGUAAGCACUCACCGUCGACGGGCGAGAUUCUGGAGAUCGUUGCGCAAAUCAAAAUCUUCUGGCAACAGUUGGCGUGGCCGGACAAGGACGAGUUGCGAAAGUUCCUGAAGCGAAGCAUCGGAGACAUCUGCAGUUGCUGCAUUUUCUACGCCGAUCGGCUGCUAGCGAAGGUCCGAAGCCUGAACGCGGCCGGGUCAACACUGCCGGCCAAUGGCGGUCCGAACGGAGCGCAACUGGCAACACUCGAUCGCUCGCUGGUCGUACUGUCGAACGUGAGCAUCCUGACCGACACGCUGACCCGACUACCGGACGAGCUCGGUUACAGCCGGAACCGGGACAGUGCGGGCAGUGCCGGCAGCAGCGCCACUACCGCUAGCGACGGUGAGAAGGGACAGCGCAAGACAUCACUGGAGCAGCUGAUGGUCGACGAAAUGCUACCGAUCGACGGGUUGGCCAGCUGGCGGCGAAAGUGUGUCCAGUUCAUCGUCGAACACGUCACGCAGACGACCCGUGGCGCGCUCGUGGCUUGUGUGGACGUGGCCACCAACGCUGGAGCCAGCAAUGGGUUCUUCUCCACGAAGGCAACCCCAUCGGCAGCGGAAUGCGUGGAACGGUUGCGGCACUGGAUUGAGGAAUCGUCGGCCCGAUUAAGUGUGGGACUCACCGAAGAGGACCUGCGCACCGUCGAGCGGGAUCUGUGGACAACGGUCGAAGCGACGCUCGAUGAGGCCAUCAAGAAACUGCUGGAGAAAAAAGACAACCUUGCCACCUUCCAGCGGCUCCGUGGCUGUUUCGCGCUCCUGAGCGUACGUUACUUCCGCACACUAGAGGACACGGUCAGAUGCUCCACGAUCGCCGAACGGCUAGAUACGUUCAGUCUCACCACCAACGAGCUCAUUCAUCGGUACUACCUCGAUCGGCACCGGCAACAGGAGCAGCUCGAGGAACCGGAGUGCGGUCUGCUGACCGUGCGUUGCUGGUUCCAACCGGACGGCCUACAAAUCAAGAUCCUGCGAGCCGACCAGCUACGGUUGCCGAAGGACUACAAACACUCGUGCGAUAGCUACGUCAAAAUCAACGUUCUCCCGUCGGACCGGUUCGGUCCACCGCCACUUCCGGAGCUGAAGACAAAGACGAAGGCGAAGAACUUUUCGCCCGUCUACAACGAAACAUUCAUACUAAAACUCAACCCGGUUCAACAUUCCCUAAAGGACUCGCUCCUGAUGCUGAACGUGAAGGUCUCGGAGUUACUCGGUCUCAGCCAGAAGCACAUCGGGGAGUGCUAUGUACCGCUGGAGGCCAUCCCGAUCGUGCGCGAUGCUAGCGAGGCGCACGAAAUCGCCCCCAUGACCAUUCCACUCAGCCUGCCCUUCACGAUCGCGUCCUUCUCCGUGACGGCCCUGGAAAACCGUAGCCACGACAAGAUGGCGGCCCAAUUUCUGAAGAAACUUAAGCAAAAGAUGGGCAUCGCACCGUACACGAUGAGUACGCUGAGUUUGUAGCACCACACAGUGGAACUGGACCCUCACCUGGAGGAAGACAACGGAUCUAGGUGCUUUACGCUAGAAGCUUUGUGAUGGUGUAUAUAUAGAUAGUGAUAAUAUUUCGUACUCAUUAGACACUAAGAGAGUUUCGGUUUCCGAUCAAUCGCAUGCUUCAUAAAUGUGUUAUCGAUUUCGUGGUAAGUUUAAUUUUGAUCUUUCCGUUUCAAGCCAUUUGAGCCAAACACAGC